CGGGGCCAGAUCCCAUCCAACACAAAGUUUAAUUUUCAUGGGGCUCUGGGAUCAAAAGAACAGAAACAGCAACAACAAAAGCUCAGCCGCGGUCUGAUUUAAACUGGCAAAGUGGGAAAAAUAAAGUGUUGAGUAAACAGACCAAGUUGGUAAUCAUGGGGAGUUUCAAAGGUCACGCCCUCCCCGGAACCUUCUUCAUCAUCGUUGGCAUUUGGUGGACUCUAAAGAGCAUUGUGAAGCAUGCCUGCAGAAAGCAUAAGCGGGCUUCCUAUCUUGGUUCCAAAGCACUGUCCCGUCGAAUAGACAUUGUGGAGGGAAUUGUGCUAAUCUGCAUGGCUUUAACUGGUAUGCUUGGGGAACAGUUUAUUGUUGGAGGGCCCCACCUCUCCUUGUAUAACUAUAAGGAAGGCCAGUGGAUCCAACUCCUGGGCUGGCAUCACACCACCAUGUAUUUCUUUUUUGGGCUGUGGGCUGUAACAAGCAUCCUGUGUUCCACCAUCAGUUCACUUCCUACCUCUUUCAGCAAGUUAAUGUUUUCAAAUGCCUUAUUUGUGGAGGCUUUUGUUUUCUACAACCACACUCAUGGCCGGGAGAUACUGGACAUCUUUGUGCACCAGCUGCUGGUCUUGGUCGUCUUUUUGUCAGGCCUGGUCGCCUUCAUCGAGCUCUUCACACGCAACAAUGUAACUGUGGAGCUUCUACGCUCCAGCUUUAUCCUGCUUCAGGGGAGCUGGUUCUGGCAGAUUGGUUUUGUUCUUUAUCCUCCCAGUGGAGGUCCUGCAUGGGAUCUAAUGAAUCAUGAAAACAUUAUGUUUCUCACCAUAUGCUUUUGUUGGCAUUAUGCAUUCAUCUUUAUCAUCAUUGGGGCAAUUUAUGCUUUUGUCAUCUGGUUGGUUAAAUCUCGACUUAACAGGUUCUGCCCCUCAGAAGUUGGACUCCUGAAAAGUGUUGAACGAGAACAAGAGUCAGAAGAAGAGAUGUAAUUUUGAAGGGCAUCUAGUCUUUUGGAUGAACUUUUUCUUUUCUUUUUUUUUUUGCAUUGUUUUGUUCAUGGUUUUGUCUCUUCAUCUUUUGUUUGGCUGAGGAUGAUUCUUGGUAUACUGGUUGUAUUUUGAAUUUUGUUAAAGUAUUUGACUUUCAAUGUUUUAUUUUAAGUUUGAAAAUACUUUGGAUUAUAAGUUUAUUUUGCACAUCAGUCUUGGUAUUCAGGGCCUGGAGUGAAUCUUCCCAGGUCAUCUUAAGUUUGAUGCCCAUGCUAUGGAAAACAUUUGUUUCAUUUGCCUUACAGAUAUGCUCAUGGUUCCUGGGCUUC